UUAAGGGGUGGGACAAGCGCACACUCUGCUCCAUUGUACGGCUCAGAACGGUUGUUAGGUAGCUCCCCCACUCGGACGGUCAAGCUGUCGACGUUGGUCGUGUAUCCCGCCAACACUCGGACGUUGUCGAACAGAUUUAGAUCAUCCAACAUACAUCUAGAAGCUCUCGCUCCGAAGUCUCACACCCUCGCUCAAGCUUGUUGUCACAGUAUCUGGACAAGAGCGAAUUCGGAAACGCUAAUUUCUCUCUGCUCUGUGCUUGAAAAUGACAAGAAAUCAAGUGACAUUUGUUUCCAGGAACAUCCCGGGACUCGAAUUGUCUGCCAAUGCUCAGAAUUUCAAAACGGAACACUGGAGGAACAACUGGAUCAGCGUCUCAGGUGCCUGCGGUGGGGGCAAUUUUGCCUGCAUUUCAUCGGUUGGGAAACGCGAGGAGAAAGAGUUCUCUCCGACGCCGGCUCAGCUCCUCAAGCAUCCAUUUGUUACGCUCGCUUUGACCCCAAAGGGCCUCGCGCUUUUUGCUGCCGGCGCAAUAGCAGGAGCCGCGGCUAAAACUGUAACUGCCCCUCUUGAUCGGAUUAAACUCAUCAUGCAGACUCAUGGAAUACGAGCUGGGCAAGAAAGCGCAAAGAAAGCAAUUGGGUUUGUUGAGGCAGUUACCUCAAUUGCUAAGGAAGAAGGGAUCAAAGGAUAUUGGAAGGGCAACCUUCCACAGGUGAUCCGAAUAAUACCAUAUAGUGCAGUUCAAUUGUUUGCUUAUGAAACUUACAAGAAAAUAUUUAGGGGAAAGAAUGGGGAGCUCACUGUGAUUGGAAGAUUUGCAGCAGGUGCAUGUGCAGGAAUGACUUCAACUUUUGUUACAUAUCCAUUGGAUGUUUUGAGGUUAAGAUUGGCAGUUGAACCUGGGUAUAAAACUAUGACAGAGGUUGCUCAUAACAUGCUGAGAGAGGAAGGAAUUGGGUCCUUUUAUAAUGGCCUAGGACCUGCUCUUAUUGGAAUAGCACCAUACGUAGCUGUUAACUUUUGCUUUUUUGACCUGGUGAAGAAAUCUUUGCCCGAGAAAUAUCAGAACAACACUCAAGUAUCACUAGUUACAUCAUUGGUCUCAGCAGCUGUGGCCACAGUCAUGUGCUAUCCAUUGGACACAAUAAGAAGGCAAAUGCAAAUGAGAGGUGCACCUUACAAGAAUGUUUUGGAUGCUUUCGUAGGUAUAGUGGCACGUGAUGGCACAGUUGGAUUGUAUAGGGGCUUUGUGCCGAAUGCUCUGAAAACUCUACCCAGUAGCAGCAUCAGGCUUACAACUUUCGACACUGUUAAGCAAUUGAUUGCAGCUAGUGAAAAAGAGUUGCAAAAAAUCGUGGACGAAAAUCGCAAGAGAAAAUAGCAAUGUUCUGAUGAUUGCAAUUCAAAUUUUCAGCACAAUAUCGAUGCCACCAUUUUUUCAAGCAUUUAUUGCCCAGUGCUGCACCAUUUCGAUGCCACCAUUUUCAAGCAUUCAUUGCCCAGUACUUGUGCUUAACCAUUUGUAGAAAACUUAAGGGGUAUCAAAGCUCUACUAACUUUUGCUUUCACGAUCUGUAUCUCUACUUUUUUUAGUAGAACAUUCACCUUAGCCCCUGUUUAUUUUAGUUUUACUUCUGCAGCUUAAUACAUACUCGUAUGAAUUAAUACUGGAAAAUGCUUCCGAGUAUAAAAAAACUCACCAGUGUUACAUAUGCAUGUGUGGC